AUGCUGCCAGGAUGGGAGGGUUCUGCUGGUGAUUUGAGAAUAUUACGGGAUGCAAUCAGCCGGCCUCUCGGGCUUAAAGUACCCAAAGAUUGCUAUUACCUCUGCGACAAUAAUUAUGCCAACAGCGAGGGAUUCAUCACAUCGUACAAAGGGGUUCGUUACCAUUUGAAGGAGUGGGGUCAUGGAACCCAAGCACCGCAAACAGCCGAGGAAUUGUUCAACUUGAAGCACUCUAAAGCUCGAAAUGUCAUUGAGCGUUCUUUUGCAGUGCUCAAGAUGCGUUGGGGAAUACUUCGCAGCCCAAACUUCUAUCCUAUCGAGGUCCAAACGGGAUUGAUAAUUGAUUAUUUCUUACUUCACAAUUUUACACGCACUCACAUGGAGGUGGAUCCGUAUGAGGAAUUGGUAGGAGCUCAGCAUGAAGACGGGUAUGGGAGUGAUCACGAUGACCCUGUGGUGCCCACGAUCACUACGGUCGCGCCAACACCAAUGUGGACGAAGAAGAGGGACGACCUAGCUGCUGUAAUGUGGGCUCAGAGGAUAAACGUGUGA